UCCCCGGCGACGUGGAAGGGCGGCCGUAGUGAGCUCUGAGCCCGGCGUGGCCGGUUCGAGAUCCCAUACAGGUUCUCACUGCCGCUGGGCCUUGAGCAAGUGAUUUUACGAGCCCAGUGUUGUUGGCUCUGGAAUAAAUCGGCUGCUGGUGUGCAGAGAGUAGAGCACUGAACUCUGUUAGAAAUCUGGGCGCAAUGGUCAACACGGACUUUGUGCUCAUGACAUGAUGCCAAGUCGCGGUCAAGGCCAGGUUCCUGACCCAGGAUGGGGGUUGGACAGACAUGGACUUCCUAGGCCACGCUUCCGGUGGCACUGGACAGUGGACUCCGACCUGGGACAGUGCUGCCCUCAGCCCCUGGCACUUCUGGCCAUGCUGUCCCCUGGGGCUGUGCUGGUCUUCACGCUGCUCCUGGUAGCCGGCUCACUGAGCCAUAGGGCUCGGAAGCCCACUGAGCCCCCGUCUCCCAUCAGCACCAUCAGGCCCCAGGCCAAUUUUGAUACUCAUCGGUUUGCAGGCACAUGGCUCCUGGUGGCUGUGGGCUCUGCCUGCCGCUUCCUGCAGGAACAGAGUCACCAGGCUAAGGCCACCAAAUUGCAGGUGGCUCCCCAGGGUGCAGCCUUGGAUGUCAGCACCUUCACCAAACUGGAUGGAAUUUGCUGGCAGGUGCGCCAGCUCUUCAGAGACACUGGGAUCCCUGGCCGCUUCCUGCUUCAAGCCCACGGGGCCCGGUGGCCCGUGCAUGUGGUGGUUGCGGAGACUGACUACCAGGACUUCGCCAUCCUGUUCCUGGAGCGCGCACAGCGGCUGUCUGUGAAGCUGUAUGCCCGCUCACUGCCUGUGAGUGACUCUGUCCUGAGUGUGUUUGAGCAGCGGGUCAGGGAGGCCAACCUGACUGAAGACCAAGUUUUCUUUUUCCCCAAGUAUGGUUUCUGCGAGACCGUGGACCAGUUUCACAUCCUGGAUGAGGUGCAGAGAUGAGUCCGGCAGGCAAGCAGCUGCUGACAGUGGAUGCACACCACCCUCUUCAGUGAGCCCAGAGUGCCUUGAGCACACACCAUCCACCUGCUCUCUCUCUCUCCUGUAUGAUCCCAGAAGAGCCUCUCCACCAGCUCUCAUGGUCUAGGGCUCCUCAGUAAACAUUGGACUUGG